AUGUUAAUUCUUUAUGGAGGUUCUGCUUUGACGCCUCACAACCAGAAGAAGCUUUUAGAAGCUACGGUUUCGGCGUUUGAACGUAUUGAAGCCGUAUAUUUCUACUUAAUUCAAACAAAAGAGGGAUUUCCUGUAUCCUCUAAUGAUUUGAGACCUAUUUUAUCAGACUUAAAAUCGGAUGAAUUUAGACCAUCAGGCCCUAAAGUGGCCUACGUUUUCCCUCGUACUGGUACCAUCUCUCCAUGGUCUUCGAAAGCUACCAACAUUGCAAAUGUAUGCAACCUAAAAGGAGUGAAUCGCAUUGAACGUGGUAUAGCAUAUUCGGUGACAUUGAAGCAAGGUGCUUCUGAAAAUAUAUACGAUGGUGCUUUCACUAAUCUAUUCGAUCGUAUGACCGAAACUCUCCGUUAUGAGCCUCCAAAGGAAGGAGAAGUGUUUAAUACUCAAGAACCUGCACCUCUCGUUACAAUUGAACUUGGCUGCAACCAAGAAGCUGAUAAGGAGAAUGCUAAACGCCGUCUCGCCGAAGCUAACGUUAAAUUUGGUUUAGCUCUUGCUUCAGACGAAAUCGAUUACCUGGUCGAGUGCUAUGCCAAGGAGCCUUCUUUGAAGCAUCGCGAACCUACUGAUGUUGAGCUUUUCAUGUUUGGUCAGGUCAACUCUGAGCAUUGCAGACAUAAAAUUUUUAACGCUGAUUGGACGAUCGAUGGAAAGAAAAUGGAAAACUCCUUGUUUAAAAUGAUUCGUAAUACCCAUAAAUUAAACCCCCAUCAUACUAUUUCUGCAUACUCCGAUAAUGCCGCUGUGUUUCAAGGAAAUCCCGGGUCUAAUUUCUUUCCUGUCAAUGGUGAAUGGACAUUGAAAGAUGAAACUAUUGAUUUUCUUGGAAAGGUAGAAACCCAUAAUCAUCCUACCGCAGUUUCGCCAUAUCCAGGUGCUGCCACUGGCUCUGGUGGUGAGAUUCGCGAUGAAGGAGCUGUUGGUCAAGGAUCAAAAUCAAAGGCUGGUUUAGCUGGCUACAACGUUUCUGAUUUGCAUAUCCCCGAUUUUAAGCAGCCUUGGGAAUUGGAGGUUGGUAAACCCUUUCAUAUUGCUUCCCCUCUCGAUAUUAUGUUAUCUGCCCCAAUUGGAAGUUCUUCCUUUAAUAAUGAGUUUGGUCGUCCUUGCAUUAACGGCUAUUUUCGUACAUUAACCAUGGAGGUGGCUAGAGCCGAUGGGAAAACUGAAUAUCGUGGAUACCAUAAGCCAAUUAUGGCAGCAGGCGGUGUCGGUUGCAUUCGCAGGCAGCACGCUUUCAAAAAACCCAUUUCUGCUGGAAGCCCUAUAAUUGUGCUUGGUGGACCUGCUCUCCUUGUAGGUUUAGGUGGUGGUGCUGCUUCUAGUAUGAACUCCGGUGAAGGUUCUGAAGAUUUGGAUUUUGCAUCUGUACAACGAGGAAAUCCAGAAAUGCAACGUCGUGCACAAAUGGUAAUUGACACGUGUACUGCGAUGAAAGACAAUAUUAUUCAAUCCAUUCAUGAUGUUGGUGCCGGUGGCGUUUCCAAUGCGCUCCCAGAAUUAGUCCACGAUGCCGGUCUGGGUGCCAAGUUUGAACUCCGUGAUAUCCCUUGCAUUGAACCUAGCAUGUCGCCCAUGCAAAUCUGGUGUUGUGAAUCACAAGAACGUUAUGUUUUGUCAGUGAAGCCUGAGGAUCUCAAUUUUUUUAAGGGCAUCUGUGAACGUGAAAGAUGUCCUUAUGGUGUUGUUGGCUAUGCUACUGAGGAACAACGAUUGAUUUUGACGGAUCGUCUCUAUAAGUCUACUCCAAUUGAUUUGCCUAUGGAAGUUCUAUUUGGCAAGCCUCCAAAGAUAUCGCGCGUUGAUAAUACUGAUCCAGUUGUUUUAAAGAAGUUUGAUUCUUCCCUAAACGCUUAUGUAACAACCAGCCACCGAAUUACUGAUGCUGUUCAGCGUGUUUUGCACAUGCCCGCAGUAGCGUCAAAAUCAUUCUUGAUUACAAUUGGUGAUCGUAGCAUUACCGGUCUUGUUGCUCGUGAGCAAAUGGUUGGACCUUGGCAAACUCCUGUAGCAGAUGUUGCUGUCACAGUUACAUCUUACGGUAAGGGUACCACUACAGGUGAAGCUUUUGCCAUUGGUGAGAAGCCGAUUACUGCUCUUAUCUCAUCAGCUGCUUCAGCUCGUAUGGCUGUCGCUGAAUGUAUUAUGAAUAUGGCUGCCGCCUCACUCCCGGAUUUGAACCAUAUUCGUUUGAGUGCUAAUUGGAUGUCUUCUCCCACUCAUUCUGGUGAGGGCGCAAAGUUAUAUGAAGCUGUUCAAGCUAUCGGCUUAGAUCUCUGCCCUCAGUUGGGAAUUAGUAUCCCAGUUGGUAAAGACUCUAUGUCAAUGAGUAUGAAAUGGAUGGAAGACGCCCGUGAGCAAUCUGUCACUGCUCCUCUGUCACUUGUCAUCACAGGCUUUUCUUCGGUGAAUAAUGUUGAGUCUAUUUGGACGCCCCAACUAAAACGUGCUAAUGAAAUUGGACCAUCUUCGUUGCUGUAUAUUGAUUUGGCUAACGGUAAACAACGUCUCGGCGGUUCAAUUAUUGCUCAGUGCUACAAACAAUUAGGAGACGAGGCUCCUGACGUUGAAGACGUAGAAUUGCUAAAGUCUUAUUUCUCUGCAAUCACUGAGCUACAUAACACCGAUUACGUACAAGCCUAUCAUGAUAACUCUGAUGGUGGUUUAUUUGUUACGGUUUCUGAAAUGGCUUUCGCCGGACGUGUUGGUGUGGUAUCAGAUCUUGCCAACUUUUCCAAUGAUAAUAUUGCUACUCUAUUCAAUGAAGAACUGGGUGCAGUAGUACAAGUUCGGGACAGUGAUCUCGAUAGUAUCUAUGAAAUAUUCAAAUCCCAUGGACUUGGAAACGCUGUUAAAAAGCUUGGUAAAGUCAUAUCUGAUGAGGCUCAAGAGAUUGUUUUUGUUCGUUCUAAUGAAAUACUUUACAAGUCCACUCGUGCUGCUCUUCAAUCCCUUUGGCAUGAAACUUCUUACAAAAUGCAAAGCAUUCGAGACAAUCCUAAAUGUGCCCAACAAGAGAAUGAAAAUAUCUUGGACAAUUCUGACCCCGGCAUUGAUUUCCAUUUGACUUUUGAACAUUCCCCUAAAUCAGAUCUAUCUUUGACAAGCCGUCCCAAGGUUGCUGUUUUGCGUGAGCAAGGUGUUAAUGGACACUUGGAAAUGGCUUAUGCCUUCCAUGCCGCCGGUUUUACGCCUGUGGAUGUUCACAUGACUGACAUCAUCAGUGGUAAACUAACGUUAGACAUGUUCGUUGGUAUAGCCGCAUGCGGUGGCUUUUCGUAUGGUGAUGUUUUAGGAUCUGCUAACGGUUGGGCUACUUCAAUUCUUUUACAUGAUACGGCUCGUCAGGAGUUUUAUAAGUUUUUCAAUCAGCGAAAAGAUACUUUUGCUAUUGGUCUUUGCAACGGUUGCCAGUUAUUUACUCGUCUCAAGACAUUAAUUCCUGGUGCUCAAUGCUGGCCACUUUUCCUUUCAAACGAAUCUUCGCAGUAUGAAGGACGUACGGUAAUGCUUCAAGUGGACUCCAAGAACUCAGCGAAUUCAAUUUUUGCCAACGAAAUGGGAGGUUCUCGUAUUCCAAUUGCGGUUGCCCAUGGUGAAGGUCGUGCUGUUUUUGAAUCCGACUCCGAUUACAGAAAAUUCAAACAGGAAGGGUUGGACGUUCUCUAUUAUGUUGACAAUUAUGGUAAAAGAACGAGCCAGUAUCCUCUCAAUCCUAAUGGAAGUACGGACGCCAUUGCUGGUAUCCGCUCACCAUGUGGUCGUUUCUUAGCUAUGAUGCCACAUCCUGAACGUGUUGUUUUGAAGGUGGCUAAUAGUUACUAUCCCAAAUCAGAAUCUGAUAAAUGGGGUACUCAUGGACCAUGGCUUCGAUUGUUCCAAUCCGCUCGUAGAUGGGUGGGCUAA